AUGUACCUUUCGAAAUUCGUGAUCCUGAUACUGGCUUCCUCAUGUACAGUACUUUUUGCUUGUGACGCUGUGGCCAAUCCUGAGGUCCAUUUAACCAUUGGGACAUUCCGUGGACUUGCAACCGGGAAUGGAACGGAUCGAUGGCUUGGGAUCCCAUACGCUCAACCUCCUGUUGGCGACCUUCGUUUCAAGGCUCCGAUUGCGAUCAAACAACCGUUCCACGCUGUACAAGAUGCCCUAGCGUUUGGAAAUGCUUGCCCUCAGCCUAUCACAGCGAGUCUGGGCGCUGCCAUUGCGGAGGAUUGUCUCUUUUUGAACGUAUGGAGGCCUCAGAAUACUCCUUCCGAUGCACAAUUACCUGUGCUGAUCUGGAUACAUGGAGGGGUUUAUAAUACUGGUUCGGCAUCAGACCCUUCCUUUGAUGGAAAUCAUAUCGUGAAUCGCAGUGUAUUGGCCGGCAAGCCAAUCAUCUUCGUUUCCAUAAACUAUCGCCUCAAUACUUUCGGUUUCCUCGCAAGUGUCCACGUUCCGGCGGCUGACCUUAACAACGGCCUUCAAGAUCAGCGAGCAGCUUUCACGUUCGUGCAGGACAACAUUGCUCAGUUCGGGGGUGAUCCAUCAAAGGCCAGUUUUAUCCGCGAAUCUUCAGGAUUGAAGGACUCAUACCAUAGUGGCAUAUAUACUAGGUCACAAUAUGGGGGCAGGUACGCUACGCAGUCGGUUGAACGCACGUUGCCACAUGACGGUCUACAGUCCGCAGGUGCUGGUAGCGUAGAAGCCCAGGUUAUCUUUCACUCUUCGCGUUCUUUGUUCCGUGCCGCAAUAAUGGAUUCCGCUGUUGGUCCUUUCAAAAACUCGCCUCCUCCUAGCACGUUUGAUUUGCCUGGGAAGCCUUUUGACCUCAUUUUGAACGCUACCGGGUGCGUUGCUGGUCCUGCAGCAUUUAAGUGUUUACAGCAGGCUCCUUUUGAGCCUUUGGUCAAUUUCAGUAAUUCAAGAAUACGUGCGACGUUGAACAACCAAUUCUGGGAACCCACGAUUGCUCCCGGAAGCUUUGCUCCUGUCCGAGCGUCCACCGCAAUCGCGGCAGGAGAUUUCCUCCAUAUACCUUUAAUUGCAGGAACCAAUCUCAAUGAAGGGGCGUCGUUCAGCAGCACGCUCUUAGGUUUGAACGUGACUUCCAGUGCGGAAGACGCAGCAUUAGACCAGUUUGUGGAAGCCUCAGUGAUUGAUCAAACAAAAAUCACUGCCGACGUGCUGGCCGAAUUCAGGUCGCUAUAUCCUGCAAAUGACUCGAGUCUGGGUGCUCCGUUCAACACAGGGGAUUCUCUGUUCGACAGAGCGGCUGCUUGGUAUGGGGACUUCAUGUUCUUGGCCUCAAGAAGACGAUUUUUUCAGCAGGCAGCACCUUUGCAACCCAUCUAUGCAUAUCAUUUCAGAGAGUUCAUCGCAGGAAAUAAUCCGGCAUUUGGAGUUGCUCAUGCUUCGGAGCUCCCUCUCUUGUUUGGUACUGUCUCGCCGGCCGCCAAUGAAACCGAUUUCGGCAACACCUGGCUCGAUCUCUAUAUCAAUUUUAUAAACGAUUUGGAUCCUGGCGCUGUUUGGCCGCAGUACACGCUUGAUAGCAAACAACUUCUUCAGCUGAAGCGAGACAAUAUCACCGCUAUAAACGAUGAUUUCAAUCUUGAAAUGACUGACUACGAUAACACCGCGAAGGUGCUCGAUGAAUGGGAAAAGUAA